AUGUCAGAACAGGAUUUGGCAGAUGUUGUUCAGAUUGCUGUUGAAGACCUGACUCCAGAUAACCCAGUUGUGUUGGAGAAUCAUGAAGUGACUGAUGAUGAUGUAGAGCCUGCUCUGAAACGUCAGCGUAUAGAAAUUAACUGUCAGGAUCCCUCUAUUAAGUCAUUCCUGUAUUCCAUUAAUCAGACAAUAUGCCUGCGGUUGGAUAGCAUUGAGGCAAAGUUGCUGGCACUAGAGGCUACCUGUAAAUCACUGGAAGAGAAGUUGGAUCUUGUCAUGAACAAACAGCAUAGCCCCAUCCAAGUCCCCAUGGUGGCAGGUUCUCCUCUUGGCGCUACACAGACGUGCAAUAAAGUACGAUG